CACAGUAAUAAGGGAAGACCCGUAAUAAGGCGAUUACAUCUUUAAUUUCACUUUUGCAGGCAGAUGGACACUCGCGCUCUUCUAUCUAUGUUCAUUCAUUGUGGUGGUGAUUGGGUUGAAAAUGAGAAAAGUGAAAUCCAGUUUAAACGAAACAAGCAAAGUAAGACACAACUGAUCGAGUGGGAAAGAAGUAAUGAAGACUUCAAUGCCCUUCUCAUGUGUAUUUAUCGGGACUUUGGAUUGCAACAAAGUAAGCAUCAACUUCAGGUUUCGUACCAAUCUUCUCGGUUCGGUAGGGAAUUGCCACCUGUCAUAAUUUCCACUGAUAAGGCGUUGGGUUGUUUCCUGAGGGAUAAAGAUGUACAUUCUACAUGCUUAUGUGUUUUGGUGACUGAAAUCGAGGAAAGAGAGCUUGAAAAUGAAACUGUCAAGCAACAACAUGCAAUUGAUGAAAACGAAAGGGAAGAUCAAAAUGGCAAAAAACAUGAUUGUGUCUUCCAUGAUGAAUAUUUUGAUUGCAACUUAGUAUUUGAUAAAGGAUCAGGGCAUGGACAUGAUGGGGUUGUACUUAAUGAUGAACCAAAUGCGAAUGUGGAGACAUUCCAUUGCAUAGGUUCACACUGCACUCUUAACUCUCCCCAACCUAAUCAUGAGGUUGAGGUAAAGGUUCCCAAGAGUACGCAGGAGAAAGUUGGUGUAGAGGUUGGACACUACACUCGAUUUCUAGAUGAUUUUGAUUUUCCUGUCAGUGAAGUAGAUGGCGAAGGUGGGCCGGAUGGAACAUUUGGCGACGGAUCAGGCCUAUGUGUUGGGUAUGAGUUUGCCUGCAAGGCUGAUCUAAAGCAGAAAAUGACAGAGGUAGCCAUUGCUGGUUGCUUCGAAACAAAGACAGAAAAGAGUGAUACAACUCGAUAUAUUCUGCGUUGCAGGAGUGCUAACUGUAGUUGGAUGAUGCGUGCAUUUUCCGUAAAGGACUCUCCUAGAUUUAUAAUCAAAAAGUACAACAAGUUGCACAACUGUGCCGUUGGUGAACUAAAGCGCAAUCAUAGACAAACUACGUCGAGGUACGUUGGGGAGAUUGUCUUGGCUACUCUAGGAGGUUCUCGGGAACACAUUAAGCCAAAGACAAUCAUGAAACUUAUGCAAAAUAAGAGCAUGCCCAUAACAUAUACAAAGGCUUGGCUAGGUAGGAAAUUUGCAAACGAAAAGUUGUAUGGGAAACCAUGCGACAACUAUGCGAAACUUCCUUUAUAUCUGCACGUGUUGAAGGAGGCAAACAAUGGAAGAGUAUACACUAAUCUAGAGGUCGAUGAUGAUGCAAAAAUACACAAGAACAACCAGAAGCAGAAGAAAACACGCAAGAAACAGAUUCUGAUAUCGAACCCGAAACACAGUCUGAUAAUGGAGAAGAAAUUUGGUCGACCUUAAAAUCGACCAGUCCACAUUGGUCGACCAGAAUAAGGGGUCGAUCAAGAGGGAAUUAUUUUCUACUAUGGUUCAUAUAUUCUUUUCAUCUCCUCAUCUUUUGACUUUCUCACUAAAAUAAUAUAUGACGUUUUUCAUAAAUGUACAAUAAAAUAAUUAAUAAAUUUUUAUUUUAAAUCUAUUCAUCAUUUUCUGUUUUACUAAUUUUGAACAUCAAAGAAGAGUUCAAAACUAGCAUUAAAAAGAAAAUAUAAUGCAUCUACAUUA